GUAAACGCGGAGUCUAGCUGUUAGUCGGCGUGUUUUUUCUCACCGUACUCUUUUUUACAUCAUUUAUAUUAUAUUUAUUUUAGUUUUUGAUGUCUAUAGAGGAGGACGCAGAGACGAUGGAGGAGCCUCAGACGAAGCGGUUUAAAGGUCCGGUGUGCGAUGUCGACUCCUGGGUUGCCUAUCCCGUACUAUCAGAUGAGCAGUCGCAAGAUGUGGAGCUGAUCGAGGCCUUCGCCGCACCUAUCGUCAACAAGAAAGAGACUUCUCGGCUGGUCCGGGAGCUGAACAGCCGUUACCCCUUAAAUGGCCUCCAGCACAUCAAGAGGGUCCGAGCCUGCAAGGGGAAGAGCAGCUCUCACCCUCUGGAGCUCCUGCUGUGCCUCGUCAGUGAAGCUCCACACAUGAAGGAGGUCAGCAUGGAGUCUCUGCUGCCUUCAAAUGAAGUUAAACACGACGGAUUAGGUGAGCCUUUUCUGGUAAAGGUCCCUGCUCGCCCACCUUUGACCCGACCCCAGUUUGAGCUGGCGAGCAAACACUGGCCCACGUCCUUUCACGAGGACAAACAGGUGACCGUGGCCCUCAGAGGAGACCUGUUCAGCUCCCCUCAGAAAGAAAGGAUGCAGGUGUACAUGAUGUCUGCUUUGACUGCCGCCAAACAGGGUAAGGGGUUAGGGAUGGAGGCGGUGGGUGCAGUGGUGGUCGACCCGGUGAUGGAGAGGAUCAUCGCGGUGGGCCAUGACUGCCGAGGCGAUCACCCGCUUCAUCACGCUGUCAUGGUCUGCAUCGACCUGGUGGCUCGGAGUCAGGGUGGUGGGUCUUAUAGCUUUGAUAAAUACCCUGCUUGUCAAUACACACCCCCCACCUCAAUCUCUACACCAGCCUCAGAUACCUCCCAAAACACGCCUAAUGUAGAAACAGGCACUCAGCCGUACAUAUGCACAGGAUACGACCUUUAUGUGACCCGGGAACCUUGUGUCAUGUGCGCCAUGGCGUUGGUCCACUCCCGGAUCGGUCGCGUCUUCUACGGGAGCGCCUUUACUGACGGGGCGUUAGGGACCAAAUAUAAAAUCCACUCACAGAAAGACUUGAACCAUCGCUUUGAGGUUUAUAAAGGAGUGUUGGGGAAACAGUGUGAGGACCUCAACGGGCUGGAUAAAAGUUUAGAGGGGAAGUAG